AUGUGGUGCUCCUCCCCUGCUGGUGCUGGAGAUCGUGGUGGUUAUAGAGGAAGUGGAGGGGGACGAGGUGGUAGAGGUGGUAAUUUUGAAGGUGGAAGAGGUGGGGGCAGCAGAGCUGGUUCCUUUGGCAAUGAUCAAGGAAGAAAUGAUGGUGGUUAUGGUCAAGUUGGUCCCCCUUCUUAUGGUGGAUCAGGUGGCAGUUAUCCACCACCUACAAAUAAUUAUGGUGCGAACCCUAGCUAUGGAACAGAUGCAGUUCCUCCACCUACAAGCUAUACUGGUGGACCUAAUUCGUAUCCCCCGUCUUAUGGUGCUCCUGCUGGUUAUGGUGGUGAUGCUGUGGGUGAUGCUCGUAAUGGUGGUCGAGGUGGCCGAUCGGGUGGAUAUGAUGGAGGUUAUGGUGGUCCUCCCCGAAAUGCUGGAGGUGCUUUUGGUGGUCCUUCAGCUGAGGCUGCAGCAAAGGUGAAGCAAUGUGAUGAGAACUGUGGAGAUACAUGUGACAACUCACGAAUCUACAUCUCAAAUUUACCUCCAGAUGUGACUAUUGAUGAAUUGCAAGAGCUUUUUGGAGGAAUUGGCCAAGUUGGUAGAAUUAAGCAAAAGCGAGGCUACAAGGAUCAAUGGCCUUGGAAUAUCAAAAUAUACACAGAUGAGCAAGGAAACAACAAAGGAGAUGCAUGUUUGUCAUAUGAGGACCCAUCUGCAGCUCAUUGUGCUGGCAGUUUUUACAAUGGUUACGAUAUUAGAGGUUUCAAAAUUAGUGUUGCAAUGGCAGAGAGGUCCGCCCCAAGGGCCCCUACGUAUGGUGGAGGGUAA